GUCUUUAUCUUUCGGGAUCGCGAUCAAAGUAAUCUCGAGAACUCGAGAAAGAACCGGAGGGGACAGCGGGAGAAAGAGGAAAGGGAUCAAGUCUACGAUGUCUUGCUUGCACGACCACGACUGUGCGGAUCAUAGCUGCGCCGCCCAUUGGUCUCUGCACGAGCACAUCGACCUGUCCAGGGUGUCAGCGUUGAACGAAGCGGUGAUUGGAAGCGUCAAAUCGGUUUUCAAAUCCUGGGAUCGUCGAUUAGAUACUUCCGAGGGCCUUCUUGAAAGCAUUGAUGGCGAUCCUGAAUUGCUUGUUUUCAUACCGUUUACCUCAGACGUGAAGAUCAAGAGUAUCUCUAUUGUUGGUGGUUCUGGAGGGAAAAGUCCUUCGAAGAUGAGAGCAUUCAUUAAUCGUGAGGGCAUUGACUUCUCUGAUGCUCAAAAUAUGCAGCCUAUUCAGGAAUGGGACCUAACAGAGAAUCUACAAGGGAUUUUGGAGUAUCAAACAAGAUACUCAAGGUUUCAGGGUGUUGGAAAUCUGACUCUACAUUUUCCUGAUAAUUUCGGUGGAGAAACUACACAAAUAUAUUACAUUGGACUUAAAGGCGAAGCUACCCAGCUGAAAAGAGAUGUUGUAGCAACAAUCGUCUAUGAAGUAAUGCCCAAUCCAUCUGACCAUAAGACGGGAGCUAGUACAGGUUCUCUAUCACACGUGGAGUGAAAUCUAAUAGACACUUCUCUGACGGGUUUAUGCACUGCAGUUCCUACGUAAUCUUUUGUCAAGGCAUAAUGGGUGCGGAAGGAUGUUGCUUGUGUUUUCCCCCUUUGAGGGCAUCUCUUUCUGGUUGUAUCCGGCUGGACGUUGUAAGAUCAAACUAAACUUUUAUGUUCAUUUGACUUUCUGGGGAGCUCCUAAAUGCCAAACAUGUAUGUGCAAAAUU